AACAUUUCCGCAAGUAGGAGGGGCCAGACAACAUGCCGACUGCUGCUGUCAGCCGAACAGUUUAUAUCUGUGUAAUGUUUAGUGCCUUUUGGUGUCCAGCAAACUAGUGACUAACCUUUCGUCUCUGCUGCGGCAACUCACUUCAGGGAUAAGAGAUGGCAGAUCAGGCUCCCUCUGUGGCCAUGGAGGCUGUCCUCAAACCCAGCUGUGAACUCCCAGAGGACAUGUUAAAAAUCCGAGGGUAUGAUUUCAACCAGGGAGUGGAUCUUCAGGCUGUGCUCAAGUCCUACCUGACUACUGGCUUCCAGGCAAGCAGCAUGGGCCUUGCCAUCCAGGAGAUCAACAACAUGAUAGAAAAGCGCCUGGAGCCAGUUGAUGAAAAUGAGUCGGACACAAAUUCUAACAAGACAGGAUGCACUAUCUUUCUUGGCUACACAUCCAAUCUUAUUAGCUCUGGGGUUAGGGAGAGCAUUCGCUACCUUGCAGAGCACAAAAUGGUUGAUGUCAUUGUUACCACAGCUGGGGGUAUAGAGGAAGACCUAAUAAAGUGCUUGGCUCACACAUACCUUGGUGACUUCAGUCUGUCCGGCAAAGAUCUUCGUCAAAGAGGCAUUAACAGAAUAGGAAAUCUAUUAGUUCCAAAUGAUAACUACUGUAAAUUUGAAGAUUGGCUCAUACCCAUCUUAGAUCAAAUGUUACUGGAACAAAAAACAGAGGGCACUCAUUGGACGCCUUCAAAGAUGAUCCAUCGUCUUGGGAAGGAGAUCAAUAAUCCAGACUCUGUUUAUUACUGGGCAUAUAAGAAUGAUAUUCCAGUGUUCAGCCCAGCUCUGACUGAUGGCUCUCUGGGGGAUAUGAUCUACUUUCACUCUUUCAAAAACCCUGGCCUUAUACUGGAUAUAGUGGAAGAUAUUCGCAGAAUGAACAGUCAGGCCGUAUUUGCUAAAAAAACAGGAAUGAUCAUUCUUGGUGGUGGACUGGUCAAGCAUCACAUAGCCAAUGCCAACCUCAUGAGAAAUGGGGCAGACUUUUCUGUGUACGUGAACACGGGGCAGGAGUUUGAUGGUUCAGACUCUGGGGCAAGACCUGAUGAAGCUGUGUCUUGGGGCAAGAUUAGAACAGAUGCAAAGCCAGUCAAGGUGUAUGCGGAUGCCUCUUUGGUUUUCCCUUUGAUUGUGGCCCAAACUUUUGCUUUACAUGCUGACAGGCUGAAAGGCGCAGGCAAGAAAACAGAUUAAAUCUAUGGCUUGUAUCACCCGAUAAGAAACAUUCUGUAAUAUUAUCACAAAAGUAUAUGUUUCUUUCAUAUAUCUAAGGCUUGUGCAUCCAAGUAUAAUGUUCAGUUUGAAGAGGAUAAGGCAAAAUGUUCAAUGGUAAUAUUGGACAAACCCUGUUUUUUUCUGUGAAUUCUUGGGAUUUCUUUUUGGAUAAUAAUUUGAAAAUAUAAUGGAAUUCAUGCAAGAAAACUGUUGCAUGCUGGGCAUCUUAGUGUGACAACGUUACAUUAUAAAUACUAUAAAGCAUGCUGGAUCAUGUACCUUACAAUAAUGGUUUGUUUUCAGUUAUUUUUUUCAUUGUGAAUGUACACACGCAGUAGCAUCACUUUACCUGGGUUUAUAUUAAACAUUUGGUAUUUUAAUAUUUUAAAAGUAUUGUUUUUAAUCAGAUUUGCCUUAUAAACCAAAAAAAUGCACUAGUCUUAUAUAAAACUGUGUUUAAUUUACACCACAGUAAUUGUACAAACAAUUUUGAUGUGGCUCUCAAAGUGCUCUCAACAAAGAUGACAUUGCUUUUCUUCCCCUGUACUUGGCACAAUGUACCUCAAAAACAUUAAUGAUUAAAACAUUUACCCUGAAA